GUAGGUGAUGGAGCUCAGGAGGGUUGGGGAGUCCUCUGGACACCCACUCCUGCCCCCAUCUGUGCAAGAUAGGCAGGGAAUGGGGCAUAAGGGAGGCCAUGGAGACCCUUUGGAUCCAUGCUGAUUCCUCCUUCCCUCUGCCAGUGUCCUGCUGCCGACAGAAGACAGAGGACAACAUGUCUGCAGUUACGGGCACAUUUCGGAUCGUGUCGGAGGAGGAGCAGGCCCUGCGCACCAAACUGGAGCGCCUCACCACCAAGGACCACGGCCCCGUCUUUGGGAGGUGUGAGAAGAUCCCCCCACACACCCUGCAGAAGGCAAAGGAUGAGCUGAACGAGACGGAGGAGAAGCGGGAGGUGGCAGUGAAGGCGCUGCGGGAGCUGGUGCAGGAGCGGGCGGGCGGCGAGGACGUGUGCCAGAAGGUGGCUGAGAAGGUGCAGGGCAAGGACGACUCCUUCCUGCUCCGCUUCAUCCGUGCUCGCAAGUUCGAUGUGCACAGAGCCUAUGACCUGCUGAAAGGCUAUGUGAACUUCCGGCAGCAGUACCCCGAGCUGUUUGAGAACCUGAGCGCCGAGGCCGUGCGCAGCACCAUCGAGGCCGGCUACCCCGGCAUCCUGGCCAGCAGGGACAAGUAUGGGCGGGUGGUGAUGCUCUUCAACAUCGAGAACUGGGACUACGAGGAGAUCACCUUUGAUGAGAUCCUUCGUGCCUAUUGUAUUAUCUUGGAGAAGCUGCUGGAGAACGAAGAGACCCAGAUCAAUGGGUUCUGCAUCAUUGAGAACUUCAAGGGCUUCACCAUGCAGCAGGCAUCAGGGAUCAAACCCUCUGAGCUCAAGAAGAUGGUGGACAUGCUGCAGGACUCCUUCCCAGCGCGGUUCAAGGCCGUCCACUUCAUCCACCAGCCUUGGUACUUCACCACCACCUACAACGUGGUCAAACCGUUCCUGAAGAGCAAACUGCUGGAGAGGGUCUUUGUGCAUGGUGAGGAGCUGGAAUCCUUCUACCAGGAGAUUGAUGCUGACAUCUUGCCAGCAGACUUUGGUGGCAACCUGCCCAAGUAUGACGGCAAAGCAACUGCAGAGAAGCUCUUUGGGCCGCGCAUCGAGUCCGAGGACACGGCUCUCUAGAGCUGGAGCCUGCUGCCCUCCCCUGAACCACACCACCAGGGGUGGCCCUCCAACCCCAGCCACCUCCCUCCUGUAGCCUUGGCUCAGUGACUGCUCGUGCUGAGGCACUCCAGCCUGUCCCUCCUGUCCCCACUCCAGGCAGAGGGCUGUCCCUCCCAGGCACAGCAUCCUUCCCACCAGCCCUCUCCCACAGCAUUUCCUG